ACAACAGAAGUGUUUCAGUUUACUACAAAAGUUUGUCCACAAAUUUAUUAAAAUGGGUAAAAAACAGCAUCAAAAGGAUAAAAUGUACCUUACGUACACCGAGUGGUCGGAGUUUUAUGGAGGCCACAAACCUGACUCGGUCGAAAAUGAAGCGAUCAAAUUCAAACGCCUUCCUUUCGAUCACUGCUGCCUUUCGAUGGUUCCCUUCGAACAUCCGUACUGCGAUAAAGAUGGCAACGUGUUUGAGCUGGCGGCGAUUGUGGAGUUUUUGAAAAAGUUCAAAGUAAACCCUGUCACCGGAGCGGCCCUCGACGGAAAGUCGCUGGUAAAACUCAACUUCACCAAGAACCACGAAGAUGCGUACCACUGCCCGACACUCUUCAAGCCGUUCACCAAAAACUCGCAUAUUGUUGCCAACGGAAAGACGGGCAAUGUUUUUUCCUGGGAAGCGAUCGAACAGCUGAACAUCAAGACAAAAAACUGGAAGGAUCUGCUGGACGAUACACCGUUCACGAGGAAAGACUUUAUCACCAUCCAGGAUCCGGGCAAUCUGGACAAGUUUAACAUUUCCAACUUUCACCACAUCAAGAAGAAGCUUCGCGUGCCGACGGAAGAGGAAUUGGCGGAGCAGAAGGACCCUCAGGGACGCCUGAAGACCAUCUCCCACGAAACAAAAGAUAUUCUUACGCAGCUCGAGAAAGACUACAAAGCGCCCGAGGAGAAAAAGGAAGAGCGACUGGUGGCAGAUAAGUUCAAUGCGGCCCACUACUCGACCGGUGCGGUUGCCGCCUCGUUCACCUCGACCGCAAUGGUUCCCGUGUCGAACCAUGAAGCGGCCAUCAUCGAUGACGACAUUGUGAGGUACGAGCGCGUAAAGAAGAAGGGCUACGUCCGAUUGCUUACCAACUUCGGGGCGCUUAACCUUGAGCUGUACUGCGAACAAGUGCCGAAAACAUGCGAAAACUUCCUACGACACUGUGCAAGCGGUUACUACAACGGGUGCCUGUUCCAUCGCUCCAUCCGGAACUUUAUGCUCCAGGGCGGCGAUCCGACGGGUGUUGGCAAUGGGGGAACAUCGGCGUGGGGUAAAAAGUUUGCCGACGAAAUCAAACCGAAUCUGUCGCAUUCCGGCCGGGGUAUUCUUUCCAUGGCCAACUCGGGACCUAACACAAACGGAUCACAGUUUUUCAUCACCUAUCGUUCGUGCAAACACCUGGACGGAAAGCACACAAUAUUUGGCAAGCUUGUCGGUGGUUUGGAGGUGCUCACGGAGAUGGAACGCAUCGAGGUGGAUAACCGAGAUCGACCGAUUGAAAACAUCUUCAUUCAGCGAGCGCAAGUGUUUGUGGAUCCGUUCCAGGAGGUGGACGAGCAGCUGGCCAAGGAGCGAGCAGAAGAGUUGGAACGGGUAAAGCGUGAGGCCGAGGAAAAGCGGAACAAGGUGGCCGGUAAAAAGUCCGGCCAACCGUUGAAGGUGUUCCGAUCGGGCGUGGGAAAAUAUUUGGACACGAGCGUAACAAAGGUAUUACCAGAACCAAGUCCAAAGACUGGAGGAAGUGGCCUUGGGGAAACCUCGACGCAAGCUAAAAAGCGUAAAGUUGCGAAUGGUACGAAUGGCUUCGGAAAUUUCAGUUCGUGGUAGAAAACGUAGAGAAAACACAAUAAGAAAACGCUUAGUUAAGUAACUAUUAAGAUUAUUUAAUACAAACUACAAACAAAUGAAUCAGUCGUUUUCUCGUCACUUUUCUUCCGGAACACUUCCUCCAAACUCACGCUCUUUCCACGCCUUUUUCUGUGCCUGUAACUUUUGCUUGCGUCGGGUAGCUUCCGUCCGUUUC